AAUCGUCGUCCUCCUCCACUCGCUCGACUCAAAGACCGUUUUUCCAAUCACAGAUUUCAAUCUCACUCUUAAACCCCACUUCCCCUCUUUCUCUCUCCAAGAAUCUUCUUCGUCUUCAAGUUGCAGAAACCAGAAACUGGGUGUUUUCGUUUCUGUGAUCCGCCAUGGCUGAAGCCUCUAAGUACCAGCCCAUCAAUGGCGGAAAUCUGGUUUCAGACGUCAAGAGUCUCUUCUCCAUUCUCAAAACCAAGAGAACUUUGGCGUUUGCAUAUGGAUUCAUGUUCGCCUUCGUUAUUUUCACUGCCUUUUUGGCUUUUAACCCUUCUGCUACAACUUCCUUUUCUCCUUCCUUAUCCAAUAUUUUCAGUGGGAGUAACUCUCUUGGUCCUAAUUCCGCUAAUGGCGGUUCUGGAUCUCGAUACCCUUAUUUUAUUUCUUACUUUCUCCCUAACGGUUCUGUUCAGCAGAGUAAUCAACUGAUCCCUCCGCCGGCGCCGGAGGGGAAUCUAUCUAUAUCUAGUAAUGCGACGGUUCAUCCUCGGCCGCAGAUUUUCGAGAAAGAGCCGCUGCGUGGGAAGAACCGUACGGAAGAAUUGGUGCCGGAAAGUAAUCCACCGGCUAGGAAUCAAACUCUGGAUUCCCGAGUUUCGCCUCCGAUUGAAACCACCUCGCCGACGGAAACAGUUAAGAACGACACUCAAUCUACGCCGGUUUCUGAAGGUACGGAAUCUAAUAGAACUGAAUCAGUGCCUGUGAAAGCAGCUCCUCCACUGGUGGAUGAUCAGAUUCAGGGUUCGGGCAUUAAAUCGACUCAGUUGGGCAAUGACAGUUCUAGGGUGGAGGAUAAAAAUGUAUCAUCGAAUUACACAGCUUCAUUGUCGAAGAAGCAGAAGGGUGAGAUGAAUUCUGCUUCUGGUGGAUCGAUGAACAAGAAUGAUUGGUUUGAGUCUUUGAAGAAUUGUGAUUUUUUCGAUGGAGAGUGGGUGCCGGAUGAUUCUUACCCUCUUUACAAACCUGGUUCUUGUCCGCUUAUUGAUGAACAAUUCAAUUGUCAUUUGAAUGGCAGGCCUGAUAAGAAUUAUCAGAAACUUAGAUGGAAGCCCAAUGGAUGCGAUCUUCCAAGGCUUGAUGGAGGUCGAAUGUUGGAUAUGUUGAAAGGGAAGAGAUUAGUUUUCGUGGGCGAUUCGCUGAAUCGAAACAUGUGGGAAUCGCUUGUUUGUAUAUUGAGAAACUCAGUUAAAGAUCGAAGUAAGGUGUUUGAAGCUAAUGGCAGACAGGUAUUCAGAGGGGAAGCAGCCUACUCUUUCAUAUUUAAGGAUUAUAACUUCACCGUAGAGUUCUUUGUGUCUCCUUUCUUAGUCCGAGAAUGGGAGGUGCCAGACAAGAACGGUAAGAAGAAGGAAACGUUGCGUCUCGAUUUGGUCGGGAAAUCGUCUGUUCAAUACAAAGGAGCUGAUAUAAUCAUCUUCAACACUGGUCACUGGUGGACUCAUGACAAAACUUCAAGAGGGAAAGAUUAUUACCAAGAAGGGAGCCAUGUUUAUGAAGAAUUGAAUGUUCUAGAGGCGUUUCGAAAGGCGGUAACGACAUGGGCGAGAUGGGUUGAUAAGAACAUAAAUCCAAUGAAGUCCAUUGUUUUCUUUAGGGGCUACUCUGCAUCCCACUUCAGUGGAGGACAAUGGAACUCCGGUGGGCAAUGCGACAGUGAGAUCGAGCCAAUCAAGAACAAGACGUUUCUGAGACCGUACCUGCCGAAGAUGAUGAUACUGGAGAAGGUAUUGAAAGGGAUGAAAACUCACGUAACAUAUCUGAACAUCACAAUGAUGUCAGAUUUUCGGAAGGACGGGCACCCGUCGAUCUAUCGAAAGCAAAGGCUAACAGAAGAAGAGAGGAAAACACCUUUGAAAUUCCAGGACUGCAGCCAUUGGUGUCUUCCGGGUGUUCCUGAUGCAUGGAAUGAGAUGCUAUAUGCAGAACUGCUACUGAGACAGCAUCAGCAAGAGAGAACAUAGAGAGCUACAAAGAAAGAAACAAAUAAACAAAAAAAGAAAGGUAAAUAUUUUAUUGGGUUUGAGUUCAUAUCGUCAAGUUCUUAGAAGAUUUGUGUGUUUUUGCUUUUCUGGAAAUCGUAUAGAAAAGAUCGAUCAAACAGCAAGAGUUAGGCCCAAAGAAUUGAUAUGGGUUCAUUUUUUCUUCAUUCUACAAUAAUUUAUGAGAGAGUAGGGCAUAGAUAGGAGGCUAGUUUGUGUUUCUUGAGGAUGAUCUGCUUCUGUUCAUAAGGGAAUGCUUUAUUGCAAAUAUUUAUGUUAUAUUUUCAAUAUAA